AUGGCAAAUAUCGACUUUCUGCCUUCUUUAUCAGCACUUGACGUUGAGAGAGCUGCCCAAUUGAUUCAGCAUGCACACGGCCCAUCGACAUCGACCACGUCGCCGGAGGACCUUAAAAGGCUGCAGCAGGAGCUGUUCGAAAUGCAGAAACGACCUGAGGCUUGGGGACUGGUCAUUCCGUUCCUCAAUCACGAUGACCAGAACGUUCAGUUCUUUGGGGCCCACACGGCGCAGGUGAAGAUUGCUAGGGAUUGGGAUAUGUUUCCCAAUGAGCAUGCGGAAGGACUGAAGGACCUUUUGGUCCAGCUCACAGCCCAUUCGGCAGCUGCUGGAAGGCCUAAUUUCAUCCUCAGAAAGCUGUUUGUUGCGGUCACAUCUCUUGCUCUCAAACUUGCACCCGGGCAUCCUUCGAGGUGGCCGUCAUGGAUUAUUUCCUGUGUCAAUCAAUUCUCUGCUGUUGGUGUCGCCCCAGAGCGAAUACACCAGUUCCUGACCAUCGUCGCGGAAGAAGUGGGAGGUGCUGAUCUCCUAGGACCUAGUAAGAUGCAGAUGCAGCAAUCCCUCCUCGACGCGACGCCCAUGGUCGUGCAAGCCAUCACCGCGUCAAUCAGCCAACCUAAAGGCGCGGUUCCGAUCUCCCAGGUCCAAUCAUCACUCCAGACCCUUCAAGCGUGGAUGACCAUCUUCCCGGCCAAUGAUUUGGUUCCUUUCAUCCCGAUCUUGAUCUCCCUCCUCGAUCCUUCGGAAGACAACGAGCAAGCAUUUUGCGUCGCUUCAGAGACGUUACAAGAGGUUCUUUCGAAAUCACCAUUGUCGGAAGGCGCGGGGAGUAAAGCUCUGACGGAACCUUUGCUACUCUGGAUGGAUUCGGUUGGAAGUUCGGUGGUGAAGACGAUGAUCGACAAAGGCGAGGUGGAUGAAUUCGCGCACUCUGUGUGUAAACUCUUGGUUGCACUUGGGGAUCACUCCGCGCCUUACAUCGCCGCCAACAUUGCCUCCCCCGCUCCUGUCACCCCAGAUCGGUCGCGAGCUCAGCUCGUGCAGACUUUCCUACGACUGAUGCUUGCCUACACAGGACUACCAGGGUACUACGGGGUGGACGAAGAGGAGAGCGAGCUCACUCUUGGGUUUUGGUAUCUCUUCCAGGAAGCCUUAUGGUCCACGGACUAUUAUUUCGAGGAAAACGGGGAUGAUGACAGCAUUCAACCGCCCUCGAGGAAGGAUCCCGUACAAGUCGAGAUGGCGAACGCGGUGUAUAGCGAGUUGGUUCAGGUGUUGAGGCGCAAAGCCGCGUUCCCUACGCCACCCAGCGGAUGGUCUAAAGAUCAACUGGAGAAAUUCAAUGUUUACCGUCGUGAUAUCGGCGAUACAUUAAUCAAUGCGUAUUAUGUCCUAAAAGACAACAUGCUUAGUUAUUACAUCGACGACAUGGUCCAGCGAAUGGCUGUCGAAUCACCAAACUGGCAGGAUAUUGAAUCUAAUCUCCACUGUAUCAUGUCUGUCCAAGAAGCAGUGGACCUCGACAAUGCUCCCCAACUCGCCCGGUUGUUCAGUUCUGACGUUCUGGGACGACUUCCCACCACCGGCCACAAUCGACUGCGCAGGACAACGCUCAGCCUCAUCGGCUCGUACUCAACAUGGUUCCCAAGUUACAUGAAGAGCACCUCUAUCCCCGUCGAUUCCAAUCUCCUCAUGAACGUGCUCAACUAUGUCGUCACCGCACUGUCCGACCAAGCCCUCUGUCUGCAGGCGGCGACUGCGUUCAGAAACAUUUGCGACGCGAACAGGAAGGCUCUUGCACCACACAUCUCUGCCUUUGGUCAGCUGCAUGACAACCUCGACAACAUCCCUGACUCGGAGCGAAGCAAGGUGUUGCAGUCGAUCGCGAGCGUCAUCCAAGCUCUUCCUCCUGCCGAGAUGAUUCCUCCUGUCGAGGUCAUCGUGAGCCCUAUCGUGCAGAAGCUCGUCGCAGCAAUCCAAAACUCUGCAACCCUCCCAGAGGAAGCACGAUCCGUGGUCAUUCUCCAACUUGAGAUUCUUUCCGGCGUCGCCAAGGGUCUCACACGCGCGAACGAAGGCCUCUACUCGGAAGACGAGGACGAUCCCGCUAUCAAGGCUGAGCUGGACAAGAUCAAAGCCGCAAGGGAGGAUCCCAGGAUGCACAAGCUGCGGGAAGACAUUUUCUUGAGUAUUGGGAAGAUCGUUGAAAUUUGGUCUACGGACGCCGAAAUCAGCCAUGCUCUGAGCGACCUCUUCAAAUCGAUAACGAGUCUUCCAAGUGAUAUGACACUUCUGUCGCUCACCGCCGGUCCACUGCUUCAGUUGAUCUCUGUAGCAGCGCAGAGACAACUGACUGCCACGUGGCUGUCACUUUCGACCAUCCUCAUCGCCCAGCUCAACCCACCGUCUUACUCGCUGUUGACAAAGGCCGUGCCAGGCAAAGAUGCAGAAACGACUGUGGCCAACGUGCUGCCGAUCUUGUUGCAGUGUGGGCUGACGAUGCUUGGUGGUCCUGGGGCGAUGGAGAGUAACCCUGAUAUCGUGCAAGAGUUUUUCUCGUGCAUGGAUAGAGUCGCGCAAGAUUUCACGAAAUCGUUCUACGCUCUUCCUCCGGGAAUGCUGGAUCUCCUGAUGCAGUGCGCGAUCUCGGCUCUAGCGUUGCAAGAACGAUACUCUCUUGUUUCCGCAUGCAACUUUAUGUCCAACCUCAUCCACCGGAGUUCGUUAACAUCAGAGCUCAGCACGCACAAGAACAACCUCCUGAUGGCGCACGGGCGUGCCAUUACCAGUGCUGUCCUGCAUGGCAUUGCGGGUGUCGCGCCGAGAAGUGUCGUCCCCAACCUCAUCGAGAUGUUGGGUACCCUGAUGAACCGCUCGAGUGGCCUGGAAGGCGGCCCUGCCAUUGUUGGUCGGUGGAUGCAAGAGAUCCUGUUCUCGGGUGACUUUGUCCAGACAAAGGCAGGUGCUGAGACGAAGGACAAGUUUAUCAAGGCGGUCAUUGCGUCGCGGUCGUUGAAGAAGACGAGGGAUGCGGCGCAGCAGUUCGCCCUUGUCGCCCGUGGGUUGGAAGGCUCAUCGUUUGGCUAUGCAUCCGUCGUUGCUAUGUAA